AUGGCGUCUCAGACCGUCAUCGACUUGACCAACGAUGACAAGUCGAAACAGCCUGUUAUCGACCUUACACGAGACUCUAGCGUGACUCCUGCACCGUCUCGUUUCCAAUCUCCAAGCUUAGCAAAUGGUCGCAAGUCAAAGGACGGAGCAUCGCGUCAAAAGGGCAAAGAGCGGAGGAGAAAGAAUAAUAACAAGCAAUCAGAGGCACCAGAGUUGGCUCCGGAGGCUAAUGAGCCCGCGAAGACAAAGUCUUUGGCGGAGCGAUUACAAGGCAGCGAGUCCAACAAUAAAAGGACAGCGAAUACGAGCUCAAAGCCACUCUCGAAACGAAAAAGACGGGAAAGUAUCGAUUCAACAGCUACAGCUCACGCUACCCACGAUGAAUCCAGGCCUCGUCCACCAAAACGCCAGAAAUCCGACAACACCAAGCAAAAGGCUAUUCACAAUGCUACAUCCUCUGCACCUCUACGCAAGGCCAAUGGAAAGACUGAUAGGAAGGCAGUCGACGCGUCGGACAAUCUCCAGGCUCCAGGCUCUUCUUCCAAGAAGGAACAGGAGGGUGAUUCAAGAGAGGAAAAGGGCGAGAAGAAAGCGUCUAAAUCCAAAAAGUCGAAGAGUAGACGGUCCUCGCAAUCUCCGAUGCCACCCUCUGUCGAGCCAAAGCUGGAGAGCAAAAGGAAAACAGCCCCGCGCGCUCGAAGCGCUAGUGUACCCAUCUCACCAACUGGUUCGAGCCUCUUCUUCGUCGAUGUCCAGCCGAGCGUGGAGAACAAGCAUAUCGAAGAACCCGUCAAGUCUGUUUACCGCCUCGAAUCUGGCGAUUUGCUGCUACCUGAGCAUGUGCUCCUGGAGACAGUCGAAGAGGCCAUCAUGACUCCGGGAAACGAAGUAUUUCCUCCACCAACACCUGGCCUGAGUCAGAGCGACGAGGACGAGAUUGCCAUCGUCGACGACAGGGGCAUCCGUCGAUACUGGGAGCCUCAAAUAGAGGCUGCUGAAGUCGAGGAGUGCAGAGCCUGUGGGCAGUUUCACGCUUCGAAACUAUGUAUUGGAACCUCUGUUUGCUUUACGUGCGGCUCUACUGCACACACUGCGCGACAGUGUCCGUUCAAGACAGUCUGCUUUCGCUGCAGGCGAACAGGCCAUAUACGCGCUGACUGUCCAGUUCCGACUGCGGAAUUGCAGCGAACUUGGGAUUGUGAUCUUUGUGGAUCUCAACAGCAUGGAACUCAGACGUGCUCGCGAAAUUGGAGGAUAUACAAGUACCGAGACAGCGAAACCCGAGACAGGGACAUAGCGACUCGGCUUGCACUGAAGGAUCUCGUCAUGGCCGGAGAUGAAUCCGUAGACGAAGAGAAAUUUGUCGGAUUAGAACCGUGGUGCUACUCUUGCGGGAUGAAAGGUCAUCUCGGGGAUGAUUGUAACAAAGUAAACACUGACGACCGACCAUCCGAUCCAUCCGCAUUUGGGCAGUGGAACGUGCUUUACGGACCGUUUGCACCUCGCUACCGGCGGGUCGCGGAAGAAGUUGCAAGCACCAAAGGAUCUCUCAGACCCGUCGUCUUUGGAGACCAAAUUCUCGACGAAAUGACACUAUCCUUUGAUCCCUCGCAACAACGCUUCGAGUCCAAGGUUUUUGGCAACCUGCCUCUUCGACCAGGCGAAUCAGGCAGACAGCGUGAGCGGGAAAGAAUGGCUCGCUCGAGGGUGGAUGAUCGGGAUGAAGAGCAAGAUUGGUUUUCGAAUCGAGUUGAACGCCCGUCCGGAUACGAGCGAGAUCGCAACUCCUUCAGAGACAGGGAGAGAGCGCGGGACCGGCGACGACGAGACGAUCGUAAUCGAGAAAGAGAUCGAAAUGAAGACCGGUACCGCGAUCGAUAUCCUCCUCGACGGGAUGACGACAAUACCAGCCGUCGUGGCCCCGAGGAUAGAAAAGGAGGACGGUCGAGUCAUAGACCAAGAUCCCCUUUGAUACCUCCACCACCUUUACCUCCUCCAGCACAGCAAGCGCAGCCGCGACAUGUCUAUCCGACCUCUCAUGACAUGGCCGCAGGCUAUGAGACGCAGCCGGCGAAUGGACUGAGCAUUCGGGGAGCUGCUGAUCGCCACCGCGCUUCAUCUCAUUCGCAGACUAACAGCCAGCGGCCGCGAGACGACCCCCACGAGCAAAGGCAGCACCACGGCCGAGAGCGAGACCGACGGCGGAAGGAUGACUCUCGAGGGAAUAGUCGUAGAUGA